AUGGAAUCUGCACAGAGAUUUGUUUCACCCACUAAAUAUCGUAACUGAAAUGUUAGACUAUACGUGUAUUAUUGCCCAUUUUCCAAGUAAAUCAUUAACAUGUUGCAGGCAUAAAUGCGAUGCAAUGUUAUCUUUGCAACAGUCACAACGACAGUCGAUGCGCCGAUGAACAUCCACCCGAUGCCCUCAAAAAAGAUUGCUCCGAUCUCAAGAACGGCGCAAAAUAUACCAUGUGCCGAAAGAUUACGCAAGUCAUUGAAUUCAGCGUUAAUGGACUUCCACCUGAUACCCGAGUCAUAAGAGGUUGCGGAUGGGACGAGUCAAAUUAUAAAGGAAGGUGUUACCAAAGAAGCGGUUUCGGCGGUCGUCAAGAAGUCUGCUCGUGUUUGACAGAUUUUUGCAACACGGCAACACCGAACGUUCUACCACCAGCGUCUUUGAUUCUAUCAUGUGUUCUUGGCAGUGUUCUUCUAGCAUACAUUCGUAAUUAA